UAUGCUCCGAGAGUCCCAACACAUGUUGUGUAUUAGAACUCUUGAUGACUGCCACGCCACGUCCGCUUGACGUUGCAGCGGCAAUACGUACCAACCCUCAUUAAUGGGCAGGAGCUGGAGAGGCAAUGCCCUUACCUCUGGCCUGCUCAUGCAGCCUUUGUCCGCCCGCUGACCGCCGCUCCGGUAGCAAGAGGUUGUGGUCGCCUUAGCCAUCAAGUAUGCCUCGCAACAGCUUGACCAACUCAUCAUUACAUUUGAAAGUGUUGGGGGUGCCAUCCACCGCUUCCACAUAGUAUCGAGACGGUACGAUUCGUGAGUGGGACAGGAGUAUGGUGGCGCCACUCUCGCUUGGCCUCCUCAAUACCACCCACAACCAGUGCCAGGCUGCCCUUGCGACAAAGAGCGUACGACAUAGCAUACGAUCGCCGCCGGCAGGCCUGGCCGCCACUGCGGAAAUAGCGCGGCCUCCUCUAGCUCCUGACUGGAAAAGGGCACGGGCGUGCGCCACAGUACGCAGCGUCGACGUGGCCGAGGAUGGCAUCGGCGUGUUUGCCACCGGGAGGAUGUACAUCUGUGCGUGGACCCACGACGAAGAAGGACCUUCGUCCCGCUCGACAACUUGUGACUGCUCCACGACAAGCGUCUGCUUGGUAACGGUACUGCUUUCUGACUUCUCUGCAAUGCUGAGCAUUACAAUGUUCAUACUCUCGCUUACACUCUCUCUUUCGCUGCCUUUAUCUUCGAUCUUGCACAAGUUACCGGCUACUUUCUGUUACCGUGCGACUGCCUCGUGCUCUAUCUUCUACUGCAUCUAUCCUUUCGCUCACUUGCGUAUGCCGGUAUAGCACAGCCGCAUCUAAGCGUCGCGUCGCCAACAACACAACGCAUCCAGCCUCGCUCUUACCCAGCUCUGGCAACGGCCACAGCUCACACAAAGGCCGUAUCCCAGUCAAACGCGGCAAUCGCUGUGGCAGGCGGCAUUGCACACUAUCAAGGUUCUCAACAUCCUCAGUUCAGUCUACCUUACCCUAUUGGACCAGCGUGCCAAAUACCCAUCGGCGCACUUCGCGGAACUGCCUGAGGCGUGGAUAUCAGUACCUUGUUGCAUCCUGCAGUGUGAUGUACAUGUUUCUGGCAAAGACUUCG